AUGACAACCACAAUCAAGGCAGAUUACCAUCACCGCCCAUGCCAUUCACCCAACAUGACGGGCCAGAUGUCAGUGAUGUCGCUCAAGGGUGAAAUGAAAACACAUGGGAUAUUUACCUAUGAUUCAACAGGAAAGAAAUUACGUUUCAGAACCAACGAUAGCCACCCUACGAACAGUUCUCUAGGUUUGGAUUUGCUCAUGUUUUUUGACAAACAUGUAUUCUACGAAAUUGAUUCCAAGAAUCAAAGCUGUGAGAAAAAGUCACUACAGUCCAUAGAUCACCCUUUGGAUAUUCCUGAUGAUGCAAAGUUUUGUACCUCAAUGACGGCUGGCAGUGCAAGCAUUGAAGGAGAGGGUCUGAAAGUGAAUAUGUGGACUGGAUCAAUGCAUAAUAUCAAAGGCACUUUUAGCAUGUUCGUCACUAUGGGCUGUUUGCCUUUGACCACAUUGUACUCUACUGACUCUGCAUCCAUCUUCUUCAGUACCAUAGAAGUUGAGAAUGAGAUAAAGGAACCAGAACUUCUGAUGGUGCCAUCCUACUGCGAACACCAACCUUUGGAAGAAACACCUGAAGGAACAUUAAACAGCUUCUUCAAUGAGUUUAUGUAG